AUGGCCAAUCUAACAACGAAAAGUGAGUGGUUAAAAUCUAUAGAGACAUCGCUAACAUCUGUAGACUAUGAUUAUUGUCAAUCAAGCAGCAUUUCAGUGGUUCCGGAAGGACUUAAAAAAUGGAACGAGGAUGCUUACAUUCCAAGGAAGGUGUCGAUCGGACCAAGAUUUAGGGGGAGGAGAGAAGACCUUUUUCUUAUGGAAGAGGUCAAACUACGCUGCAUGUUGUCUCUUCUUAACCGAGCCGAUAAAAGCUUGGAGCAAUGCAGUGAUGCCGUUUGGGAAUUAGAUAAAGAGGUUCGUGAAUGCUACCUGGGAGACCUUAAACUCGAACGACAUGAACUCGCUAAAAUUAUGUUAGUGGAUGGAUGUUUUCUGUUGGAGCUUCUCAUAUCAAAGGGAUUGGAUUCUCAACUUCCUAGCCGUUUAUUUCCACCUAGUCCCGCAGCUGAAGUGCUGAAAGACGAUGAUGUUCUGUCUGAUCUAAUGUUGUUGGAGAAUCAGAUCCCCUUUUUGGUUCUUCAUAAGUUGUCCCAAACACUUUUUCCAUAUGUGUUUGAACCAGAUGACUCUCUUCCCUAUUCUCCUCGAGAGGAACAGAGGAAGACGGAAGAGAGGGUGAAGAAAAUGAACAAUCUUGCCCUUGCUGUCUUAGGAUACUCUCCUGAUCUUCAGAUACCGUGUGUCGAUGCCCCUCACAUUCUUGAUCUUGUCCACUUCUUCGUUAACAUCAAGACAUGUGAGAGUACCCAUAGAACGGAGGAACAAUAUGUUGCGCUGGGCAAUAUGGAUGCUACUCAGACCCAGCAGAAACAACUUAAACUGGAGUACUGUGCUCAGAGACUCCUAACUGCAGGGGUUACCAUAAAAGUGAAACUCCCUGAGAAACAGCAUGUUGUGCCGAGUACUAUGCUAACUAUGGCUACCUUUGUCUUGAAAAUUUUAAUUCGUUAUAUAUUUUCUGAGAUCUUGAUUAGCAUCCAGCGUGCGAAUUUUCAUCGCUUGGAUUUGGACCAAGAGAUGGAAUUGAAAGGUUUGGACUUUUACUUUAAGUUUGAAAAGGAGACUCUUGAAAUUAAACAACUGCAUAUCACAAAAACGACAAAAGCCAAGUGGUGUAAUCUUAUUGCUUGGGAGCAUCAUAAAAUGUACAAAUAUGCUUCCCGUCUUGCACCUAGAUACGAAGACGAGGAUGAGAGCCAACAGAACACAAGCAAAAUUGUUUCCUGCGGCAAAUUUACUUGGGCUGCUUUGAUUUUCAACGAUCUGAUCUGUUCUGCAGAUGAUGUCCAACUUCUCAAAGACAAGAAAAUCAUUGUGGAUAAUCUCAAGAUGAGCAACCAAGAGCUGAUGGAGUUUUUCCGCAAAAUAGCACUUGGAAUUGACCAUAAGGUAGUUGAUUCCAGUACUUAUAUUCAAAUGGUUGAUGACAUCAACAAUUACUCUCGGGCAUUUAACAUUAAACGAAUGUUGAAAUCAGUUAUAACUUCGAUCAUAUACCAUCGAGAACAAGUUAUAAGAUUUAUGAACCACGAUUACAACUUCCCUGCAACGCUGGUGUCUGUUCUCGCUAUUGUGCAGACUGUUUAUACAGUCCUAGCAUUUUAUUAUCACAAGUAG